ACGUUUAAAUAUAAAAAACAACUUAAACUCCACCAGCAAAUGCAUUUGAAAGACCGACCAUACCUUUGUACUAAAUGUGGAAAGGGUUUUGCAGAUAAAUAUGGUUUGAAAAGUCAUGCUCUUUCCCAUUCAGAGGAAAAGCCGUACAUAUGUAACUUCUGUGAAUCCAGCUUUAAAACACAAGGCGCUUUAAAUGUACAUGUCAGGGUGCACACUGGGGAAAAGCCCUAUUCUUGCAAGGAAUGUGGGAAAGAAUUUAGACAAGCAGCGAAUUUAAUUCAACAUGAACGAACUCAUACAGGGGAGAAACCUUAUGAGUGUGAAGUGUGUAAAAAAAGAUUUAACCAUAGUGGUAAAUUAAAAAUUCAUUUUCGUACACAUAGUGGUGAAAAGCCUUAUGUCUGUCCACACUGUAAAAGGUGUUUUGCUGUUAGGGAUACACUUAAAAAACACAUUUGGACCCAUACAGGACAACGCCCUUACAAAUAUAAGAAAACAAAGAGCGCAAAAGAAGUUUUGCCGAGAUUCCCUUGUGAGAUAUGCAAUAAAAUGUUCAAGUUCAAAGCAAACCUAAUAUCUCAUCAAAGAACCCAUACUAAAGAGAAGCCUUUUUUGUGCAGUACUUGUGGAAAGGCUUUUGGCGAAAAGCAUGGCUUAAAAGUUCAUUUAAACAUUCACACAGGUGAGAAACCAUUCUCAUGCACAGUGUGCGAUAGCAAAUUUUCAGCGCCUACAGCUUUAAGGAUACACAUGCGAAGACACACAGGAGUUAAACCUUAUCAGUGUGAUAUGUGUGAAAAGGCUUUCUUCCAGGCCAGUAAUUUGAUAAGUCACAAAAGGUCGCAUACAGGGGAAAAACCGUAUGUGUGCAGCCUUUGUGCUAAAAGAUUCUCUGCCAGUAAUAAGUUAAAAAUACACAUGAGGAUGCACAGCGGCGAAAAACCGUACCGUUGUACGCAGUGCGGCGAAAGUUUUGCCAGAAAAGACGUUUUAACCACUCACAUGAGACGCCAUACCGGGGAAAAACCGUACACUUGCAAGAUAUGCCACCAGUCAUACUCGCAAAGCGGUACCCUGUAUACUCACAUGAAGACGCAACAUAAACAGAAGACAGAACCGCCAUCUAUGGAGUUUUAAUAGUAUGUAUAUAGAGUGUAACCAUAAAAAAACUAUAGGAGAACUUUGAUGUACUUGUUUAAAUUCGAGUUUCAAGAAAAAUGAACAGUUGAAAAUAAGAAUUUCGUGGCAUUUUUUUAUUUGUCAAAUCACCUAUGAUCGAAAAAAAUGGUGUCACAGUAGCUUUUGAAUGACAAAUUCCGGAUUUUGUCGGAACGUUUUUGUCGGAAAGUACAUUUAAAGAACUAAAAACUAUUUCAAAGGCUACUGUAACACCGUUUUUUCUGUUGUAUAGUACAGUUCCUUAAACAAUUGAUAACUGAAAAAUAUGGUGAAGUUCAAUUAAAAA